UUUUUACGGGCUAACGAAAUUAACGAAAAUAGCGUAGCGAUCAAUGACUUGUUAGGCUACUGAGUGUUACUAGUAGCGUAUGUCUGUCUGUGAAUGACUGUGUGCGUAUGUGCGUGUGGCGCGAAAGAGACAACGGUAGCUAAAGUUGAGAGCAGUUUCAGACCUGUCCUGUCGAAGCCAAGCGCAGUCUGCUGGACCCAAUGGUUUAAUCGCGAUGACCCCUCUGGAAGUGGAGACUGGGAGACACUUGCAGAUUUGUGCAGAGAAUACCCAGGUGAAGUCUGUCACAAUCCACUUCAAAUCCAGAUCAAAACAGUGUCGGGGGGCAGCAUGGAUUCAACCGGGGAUAGGAUCCAUGCAGCUGACACAACGACUGGGCUUGUCUGCAAAAACACUGAACAGGAGAGAGGCCUCUGCUCUGACUACAUGGUCCGCUUCCAGUGUCCAGACAGUUUCUGUAUUGACAGAGAGUUUACGUGCUGGACUACCUGGUUUAACCGGGAUGACCCCUCUGGACUCGGUGACUGGGAAACAGUGACAGACUUAUGCAGAGAAAAUCCAGGACAAAUUUGCCAAGAUCCAAUUGAAAUUCAGGUCAAAACGACAUCUGGGGCCAGCAUGGAUUCAACGGGUGAUGUCAUUUUUGUAGCGAAUACAAACAGUGGAUUUGUCUGUAGAAACGCUGACCAAGAAAGUGGGACAUGUGAAGAUUACACCGUUCGUUUUAAGUGCCCCAUCAGUUUCUGUGUCAACAAUGAUGCCAUAUGUUGGACCCCCUGGUUUAAUCGAGAUGACCCAAAUGGUAGCGGAGACUGGGAGACCCUCACAGAACUUAAAAAACAAAACCUAGGAAAAAUCUGUGACAGCCCACUUCAAAUUGAAGUUCAAACUACAUCUGGAGACAGUAUGGAUUCAACAGGGGACACGAUUGAUGUAGCUGAUGUACACACUGGAUUUGUGUGUAAGAACUCAGAACAGACGAGCGGUAAAUGUCAAGAUUAUGAAGUUCGUUUCCAGUGUCCGAACAGUUACUGCAUCACCACAGAAUCAACAUGUUGGACAAAUUGGUUUAAUCGAGAUGACCCCUCUGGUACUGGAGACUGGGAAACCUUUGAAGAACUUUCUGAUGAAAACCGAGGAAAAAUUUGCAGUAGUCCAUUUGAAAUCCAAGUCCAAACAACAUCUGGACUCAGUGUGGCUUCAACUGGGGAUACAAUUUAUGCAGCUAAUGCCAGAAUUGGAUUUGUCUGUAAAAACUCAGACCAGACCAGUGGCAAGUGUCAGGACUAUACUGUUCGUUUCCGGUGCCCCGACAGUUUCUGUCCAGACACAGGUCCAAAUUGCUGGACACAUUGGUUUGAUCGAGAUGACCCCUCUGGAAAUGGAGACUCAGAGAUGCUUGCAGACCUUCGCAGAGAACACCCUGGUCAAAUCUGUGACAGUCCACUUCAAAUUCAGGUCAAAACAACUUCUGGAGACAGUAUGGAGUCAACAGGGGACAGAAUUGAUGUAGCUGAUGCCACUAGUGGAUUUGCGUGUGAGAAUGCAGAUCAAGACAGUGGAAAGUGCCAAGACUAUACUGUUCGUUUCCAGUGCCCCAACAGUUUCUGUACUACCGCUAGUUCAAAUUGCUGGUCAAAAUGGUUUGAUCGGGAUGACCCCGGUGGUACUGGAGACUGGGAGACACUCACAGAAUUGUGCAAAGAAAAACCAGGAGAAAUCUGCACCAAUCCACUUAGCAUUCAAGUCAAAACUGUAUCAGGAAACAGUAUGGAAUCAACAGGGGAUACAAUUGAUGUAGCUGAUAAAACCACUGGAUUUGUGUGUAAGAACUCUGAUCAGACAAGUGGCAUCUGCCAGGACUAUACUGUUCGUUUCCAGUGCCCCGACAGUUUCUGUAACGACAGAGAUUCAAAAUGCUGGACACGUUGGUUUGAUCGAGAUGACCCCUCUGGAAAUGGAGACUCAGAGAUGCUUGCAGACCUUCGCAGAGAACACCCUGGUCAAAUCUGUGACAGUCCACUUCAUAUUCAGGUCAAAACAACAUCUGGGGACAGUAUGGAGACAACAGGGGAGAAAAUUGAGGUAGCUGAUACAACAAGUGGAUUCAUGUGUGAGAAUGCGGAUCAAGAUGGUGGCAUCUGCCAAGACUAUACUGUUCGUUUCCAGUGCCCUGAGAGUUUCUGCUCUCAACCAAGUUCAAAUUGCUGGUCAAAAUGGUUUGAUCGGGAUGACCCCGGUGGUACUGGAGACUGGGAGACACUCACAGAAUUGCGCAAAGAAAAACCAGGAGAAAUCUGCACCAAUCCACUUGGCAUCCAGGUCAAAACUGUAUCAGGAAACAGCAUGGAAUCAACAGGGGAUACAAUUGAUGUGUAAGUAUUACAAAUGAAACUAUGAUCCAAGAAGAGCCAAUGUGAAUAAAAUGUCCUUAUUUUAUGGAAACUAUAAAAUGAAAAACUUUCUUAGUGAAAUGAGAUGACCCUUCCACCAAACACUCCACUUCUUUGUUAUU